AUGUUCAGAAAGAUCCACUCCAUCCUCCACCACGGCCCACAGAGGAAGGCGGCAGCCGAAGGUCCCUACUACACGGGAGCCAGCCCUACUGUCAGGCUGAUUCGCAGUACCUCCAUGUACGUGGUUACGGACCACUUCGAGAGGCCCAGCGAGUCCUUAAAGAAGUACAGAAGCAUCCACAGCAUGGACACCAGCCUGCACUAUCUGCAGCAGGAGGACCGCGCCUGGAUGUACUCACGCACCCAGGACUGCCUGCAGUACCUUCAGGAGCUGCUGGCUCUGCGCAAGAAGUAUCUCAGCAGCCUGGGCGACCUGAGGCCCCGGCGCACACAGGGCGUUGGCUCUACCUCUUCCAAGUCCUCCAAGGGAACAACGCAAAAGACCCCAGGAAAAGGCAAGUCCAAGGAAGUGCAGAAAGCAGCCUCAAAGAAAUACUCCCAGUUCAGCAGCGAUGUGGCUGAGGCCAUCGCCUUCUUUGACUCCAUCAUUGCAGAGCUAGAGACAGACAAAAGGCCGAGAGCUGCUGAGGCUGACCUGCCUAACGAAGACGUGGACUUCGAUGUGGCUACCAGCUCACGGGAGCACAGCUUGCAUUCCAACUGGAUUCUGCGGGCACCGCGCAGACAUUCCGAGGCCAUUGCUGCCCAUGCCACCGCGGAUAGUCGGUUUCGGAGGAGCACAGAGCACAGGGUCGCUGGCACCCAGCGGAGGCUUGAGAGACACCCCAUUUACCUGCCCAAGGCUGUGGAAGGGGCGUUCAACACCUUGAAAUUUAAGCCCAAAGCCCACAAAAAGGACCUGGGAUGCUCUGGACAGAUCCUUCGCAGCUUCUCCAAAGAGGACAUGGAGUGGGACGAGGAGUUCUUCACACAGGAGUCCCCGCUGUCCCUGGAAGACGAGCAUUAUGAGACAGAGAAUCCCAAAGGGGAGUGGCUGGUCCGAGAAAGACUCUGGGAACGGACAGUGCCCUGA